CUGUUGGCAGCAGAGAGCAACUGAAAACAGAAGCUGCAGCGACCCAGUGGCCCAGAAGGAAAUAGCUCUCGCGCGAUUCACCGGAGCUUCCCAGGGACCGGCUCCCUGGCCUUGCACGUCCUGAUCUCAACAGUCUUGAAGGGCAGGCAGCAACUUCGCCUAUUCACACUCCCCCGGCACAGUGCCAAAGAGCCAGGCGAGGCCGCUCGCGCGUGGGUCACGCUGCGCUGAGGCAGCUCUGCGCCUCUUUGGGUAGGGGCUGACUUUCGCGGGACGCCAAGCUAGGCGGACCAAGAUGCCAGAGCUUGCUCUCAGCCGGGUGACCCGGACAGCCGUGGGCGUCUGGCUGGUGGGAGUCCUCUGGGUCUGGGCGCUGGGCAGCCUCUGCGGCCAGGGCGCAGCUGCACCGCGGGCCAGGGCCGAGGUCUCCUGGAGGAAACCGCAACCGUGCCAGGCGCCGCAGCAGUGGGAGGGGCGCCAGGUUCUGUACCAGCAGAGCACCGGGCGCAACAGCCGUGCCCAGCUCUCCUACGACGGCCUUAACCAGCGCGUGCGGGUGCUGGAGGAGAGGAAGGCGCUGAUCCCCUGCAAGAGAUUAUUCGAAUAUAUUUUGCUCUUUAAGGAUGGAGUGAUGUUUCGGAUUGAACAGGCCACCAAGCAGUGCUCCAAGUUCACCCUCACAGACCCCUGGGACCCUCUAGAUAUUCCUCAAAACUCCACUUUUGAGGACCAAUACUCCAUAGGGGGACCCCAGGAGCAGAUCAGCGUCCAGGAGUGGUCCGACAGAAAGUCAGCUAGAUCAUAUGAAACCUGGAUUGGCAUAUAUACAGUCAAGGAUUGUUAUCCUGUCCAGGAAACCUUCACCAAAAAUUUCAGUGUGAUAUUUUCUACAAGGUUUUUUGACAUAGAGCUGGGUAUUAAAGACCCCACAGUGUUUAACCCCCCAAGCACAUGCCAGAUAGCCCAACCAGAGAACACCAGCGAGGACUACUUCUGGUGAGAGGCCUCAGACUUCAGGUGCCAGCAGUCCCAGCUCAAAUGGGAUUUGAGAAUGUUCAAUGGAGAUAAAUAUUGUAAUUUUAGGAAAAUAAAUAUUUUUCUUGUAUAUAUAUAUAUAUAUAUAUAUAUAUAUUGACUACUGAAGUUAUAUUUACAAAAAAGGAACAGAAUGGAGACUAAGUAGUAAUGUGAAUUGGAGAGGUAGCUGACAUGGGAACUUCAGAUGUUUUUACACCCUGUUUGUGUGUGUGUGAGAGUGUAUACUAUGUGCAGUGGCACUCACAGGGAUAAGGGUCAGCAGCAGGAGUUUGCCUAGGCAGGGAGGAAUAUUUCAUUACUGAUAUGACUGAGCCUCACUGGAUUGUUGGUACAGAGUGGUAAUGAAAAGCAGAAUAUUUUGGCCAGUUUUAUUAUUAAUUUUUAAGAUCUCUACAAUGACUGCUUUAUUGCCUGUACCAGGGUGGCAAAUAUACCCACUUCCUUCUCCCACCAGCAUUCCCUCUCCCCCUGCUUGCCCUGCACUCCCUUGGCCACUAACAAAGUAAACCCUCAAAUCUCUUCCAGACCCUAAGAGCUUUAUGCCAUGACCCAACUUAUGUAAACAUUUGGGAAGGAAAAAAAGCUAUAAUGAAAAUAUCUGUAUUUCUCUAAAGAGAUAUAUAGGAGGGUUUGGGGAAUCUUAAUGUCUAUGCCUGGGUAAGUGCAAGCCUUGUAUACUUCCUUUAUUCUAUGCAAAAGUAUUAAUCUAAAUGUGUUUAAUCAUCAUAUACUUGUCAGCAGGCCUGCAGAGUCAGGUAGUAUGUUAACAACAAAACUGAACUGGGAGUCGGUAUACUCUUGUCUCCAAAAUCAAAGACUAGAAUUCCCUUAUACUUGAAUUCCUUGGACGAGUUAAAUGCACUAUGCUUCCCCUCACCUCAGCAUUCCUGGGGCAUUUUUCACAGCCUCUUUAUAAGACUUCUGCUCAUCGUUCCCAAGUCAAUUCACACCUGACCUUCUGAGGGUUGCUCCUGAGCCUGGAUUGGGUACACUUUGUCCUUGAGCGUGUUAGUCUCACAACACUUGCUAGGCUGUGUGUUAAUUUCUUGCUUGCUGGACACUACCACCCACCAUCCUGGCUAUGAGCUACUUGAGUACAGGUACAGUGUUCCUGGCUAUGAGCUACUUGAGUACAGG